AUGGCCGACGAAAUUGCUACCAGAGCUCCAGAGAGUGAUGCCAUGGAAGAAUCAAAGGAGGUUCCUCAAGUCGCAAGCCCAAUACCAGGAGAUACACCAGCGCAAAGUGGUGCGAGUUUAGGUGAGCAUUGUGUAAAGGAUAGGCCUACACCCUCUGGCCAAGGUUCAUCUGGAGAAAUUACACAACUUGGAGGAGUCGAUGUUUACAUUUCGAAACCGAGCGACUAUCCUCAUGCGCCAUCGAAACUCUUACUUCUUCUUACUGGCGCCACAGGUAUGCAUUCAGUUAACAAUCAAGUUCAAGCCGAUAAAUUCGCUGGCGAAGGCUUCCUCGUAAUCAUGCCCGAUAUGUUUCGCAACGACCCAUUACCUGGAUCGGUAACUUAUGCGGAAGAUAAGGAUCCUUCUUUGAUUGAAAAGUUGAAGAUGCAUGCAGCAGAGACAGCAAAGAGCUUCUUAGCAGAUAUGUGGCUCGCAAGACAAACACCCGAGAAGAUCUUACCGGUUAUCCACAAAGUUAUAGAAGCCGCAAAGGACGAGUUCGCAGACGCUGUUGCAAAUGGCGGUGGAAUAUAUUCUGUUGGUUACUGUUUAGGUGGGAGGAUGACUCUAUUACUUGCAGGCGAAAAGUCAGAUGCUGUUCACUGGGGUCAGCAACAAGUAAAAGAUGAGGAAGCGGCCGUUCAAAGGAAAGGGCCAUACAUCAAGGCCGGUGCAAUCGCUCACGCAACACUAGUUGGCAAGGAAGAUUGGGAGGGAACGAAAGCCCCACUGGCAUUUAUUUGUGUCGAGGACGAUCAAUUGUUCUCCGAUGAAGUCCAAGAGGUCGGCAAAACAUACUUGACUGAGAACAACGUGGAACACGAAUUCAAGAUAUAUUCAGGCGUUCCUCAUGGAUUUGCGGUAGUGGGUGACUACGAGCAAUUGAAUAUUAAGCAGGCACAAGCUGAGGCAUACGAUCAAAUCUUGGCAUGGUUGAAAGCACAUUGA